AUGCCUGGAGACAUUAAGCAGCACGCGCUAACUGCUCUACGUAGUCGUAAGACGGACGGCAAAGGACUACGUGUGGCCAUUGUGCACACUAAAUGGAACUCUGAAGUGGUAAACUCACUUGUUCUAGCAGCUAAGACAGCGCUACUAAGCGCAGGCGUGGUCGACAACGACGUCGUGAUCGCGGCCGUGUCGGGUGCCUACGAGCUUCCGUAUGCUGCGAGUCGCCUCAUUACGUCACAAAAGCUGGAUGCAGUGAUCUGCGUCGGGUGUCUCAUUAAGGGAGAAACCAUGCACUUUGAGUACAUUUGCGACGCCGUGUCGCAAGGCAUUAUGCGUGUACAACUGGAUACGGGUGUGCCCGUGCUUUUUGGCGUGCUUACAGUGCUCAACGAGCAGCAGGCCAAGGACCGUGCUGGCCUAUCGGACAAGGGCCACAACCAUGGAAUUGAAUGGGCGCAGACGGCUGUCGAGAUGGCGCGUCUGCGCGAGUCUACGCUCAAAUCUGGCUGUCCCAUGCGCCCUAACGAGCACCUGCCCUACCAAAGUCUAUCCAAUUGCCCGUUUUUUACGGCUUCCACGUGGCUGCACAUUGCCACUCUCGGUGCGCUUGGUUGCAUUGCUGCUUUGGUUGUUAAGAAGCUUGAGUAA